UAUCUAUAGCCGCGCCAAUGCGCAUGCGCGUCCGACGAUUCGCGGUUGCGCCAACUGGUAGAGGAUGUUGCUAGCAGCCAGUGUAGAUGCACAGCCUUUUUCACAACAAUAACACCGACCAAAUUUGCAUCUCCACAUAUCCCAUUUCUGGAUUCUACAUUCCGAACGCCGUCGGAAAACGUGCAUUGGACCGGGCCACGCCGAACUUGCUUCAGUGUUUUUGGGGCAACAUCUCGUGUUGACAAUGGGAGCGGAGGGGUUUGCACAUUUACACGGCUGCUUUCUGCAGGAGCAGAAACAGGAAUCAUGGCUGGCCAGCUAGGCCGCGCAGGGAUUUUCUAUCUCACGGCAACGCUCUGUUGAUAUAAAUUAGUGUACGCAGGCUUGGCACCAGCACAUAAAACGUGUUGCUGACAGGCCAGUGUUUUAAUAACGCGUUUCUUGUUGUUUUCUGUGUUCUUUUUGGGGCCCACAACACAAGCUAGUGAGCCCGCUAGCUUCACAACCUUGACUGGUUGACGUCUUGCUUUCGUAGUUAGCUCCUUUAGCCCGCUAACGACAGCUAGCGUCGCUUGGCCGGUCAUCCGCUGGACAAAAACAUUCAGAAAAACGCGUUUUUGUGCGGGCUUCGGUCUCGUCGUUGUGUGCCUGUUAGGCAUUUAAACCGCAAAUUCACUCAGCAACGUCUGCUCCUGGAUGAAUGUGGGACAAAAUGGAGACCCCGACGAUUGUGUACGAUUUGGAUACCUCUGGGGGCUUAAUGGAGCAAAUCCAAACACUGCUGGCACCCCCGAAGUCCGAGGAGGUGGAGAAGAGGAGUCGGAAGUUGGUGAGAGACGUCCGGAGGAGCGGCAGGGCCACCAACCACGACACCUGCGAUAGCUGCCGGGAGGGGGGAGACUUGCUGUGCUGUGACCACUGCCCUGCAGCCUUCCACCUCCAGUGCUGCAACCCACCUCUAAGUGAAGAAAUGCUUCCCCCCGGGGAAUGGAUGUGUCACCGCUGCAAUGUUCGAAAAAAGAAGCGAGAGCAGAAGUCAGAACAGACCAACGGCCUACCAGAGCGGUCUUCGUCUAAGCGCGCUGUGUCCCCGGCUGUGGAGCUGGAACUCAACGCUGGCCCGCUGCGGCUCGACGGCCUGCCUCCAGGGGCCGGAGCAGCCGGGCCAGGUCUACGAGUGGCCCAGGUGCGCCUCUUGGACCGAAGAACCAGCAGCAGGCCGAGCAGCCGGCCUGGGACGCCCACCUCCAACACUUCGUCCACGCCAACCCCCUCAGAGGAGCAGAACGACGGAGAGGAGGAGGCAGCAGAGCCUGAGGAUGAAAUUCAGAGUGCAGAGCUUGAGGGUGCUACGCUAUCCACUCCAACACCGCGCCUCCUCAAGAGGCCAUUUCAGCUGCUAAUAGCAGCCGCUAUGGAGAGAAAUCCUACGCAGUUCCAGCUGCCCACCGAGCUCACCUGCACCACUGCACUGCCAGGCAGCAGUAAACGGAGGAGAAAAGAGGAGCUACUUGGAAAGCCUUUCAGGAGGCCUCAGCACGAACUGGAUUCCAAUGGUCUGGUCCCUCUACCGGUCAAAGUCUGCUUUUCAUGCAACAGGAGCUGCAGGAUGGCUCCACUGAUCCAGUGUGACUAUUGUCCCCUUCUGUUCCACAUGGACUGUCUGGACCCUCCACUCACAGCUUUACCUGCUGGCAAAUGGAUGUGUCCAAACCACGUGGAGCACUUGGUGCUGAAUCAGAGGAGCCUCAGUCUGUCCAGCCGCUGUCAGCUCUUCGACCAGUUCCAGGACAGGAUGUCCCAGCAUGCUGUCAAGUUGGACUUCCUGCGUAGAGUCCAUCGACAGAAUGCACCCAAUAGGCGCACCUCCCACCAGCACAACAAGAAGACCAUCAAGGUGCCAGAUGCCAUCAAGUCCCAGUACCAGAACCCUCCUUCCACGCUGCUUCCUGCAGGGGUGCGCCAGCUGGAGCUGGUUUGCAGCGCCGUUCCUGACCAUCAGCCCUCAAAGCACCUAACCACAGAAGCUGAGCAGCAGGAGUGGCUUCAGGACGUCAUCGCCCUCCAGUGCAGCAUCAUGCGACACCUUUCCAUCAAACAGAAGGCGCCAUCCGCCUUGCCACCAUUGGAAGCAGAGUGGGUUUCUGAGCAGAAAGCCAGUACUAAAUCAUGUGUAACAUCAGAUGACAUGAAAACUCAGGCCUCUUUAGAAAGGACUUCUUCCCCUGACCCCUGCUCUAAACCCUGCAGUACAUCCGAUGACCCCCUGGGGGCCGCUUUUUCUCUGGAACCCCUAGCAGAGCUGGGUGUUUGUAAAUGCAGCAUGACUCCGUGUCAGAACUGUAGGAAACCCAAUGGACCGCUGGCAGAGGAGGGUCAGCCUCCCAAAGCCAACGGCCCUGUAGACUGUCACAGUGCCUCAGACUCCUGCAGGCAGGCUGAGCUGCAGCACAGACUGAAGCCCAGCAUGACACCCCCAGACUCAGCUCCUGUGCUUGUGAACCACAUAGGAGCUGUAGAAAUGGUUAAAAAGGAGCCGGAGAGCACUACAGAGGCCUGUGCUCAAAAAAACUGUCCCACUGCCCCGACGAUAUGGCCCCACAGCAGCCAGCAGAACCACAGCAGCCAAAAGGCGCGCCAGGAGGGGAGCGCGGCCAGCGACGAAAAACCCUCCCACUCCAUCACCAGCCGUGCCCCCUCAGACACACCACCUAAAGGCAGCCACGAGCACGGCCCCACCAAGCUGGGCUUGACAUCACCUACUCCAGACAUAAAAGCUGGAGCUGGCCUGAUGCCUCUGAUGCCCAGCACGUUCUCCUCCAUCUCCAACCUGUCCAGCUACCUGAAAGAUGGAAAGGAUGAGGAUGGAGGGAUUGUGCUGGACAAACUGGAUGCAGAGAUGAUCAAGCUCCUGGCCUGGCAGAGGAUCCAGCAGCUCUUCCCCCCCAAAGCGCCCAGCACGCCACCUCCCCUAACAGCUGCUACUCCCCCGAAAACGCCACCACCCCACCCUGACAGUCAGAAGAAGGUACAGGCCCGGGCUGUCUUCUACCCGCUGACAGGAAAAGGAGGCGCUGUUAGCAUGUGCUACAGGACGUUAUACAUAGGAUCCGGUGCUGACAUGGACGUGUGCCUUACAAACUAUGGUCACUGCAACUACAUUUCGGGGAAACACGCCUGUAUUUUCUACGAUGAGAAUACCAAGCAUUACGAGCUGCUCAACUACAGCGAGCACGGCACCACCGUGGACAACGUCUUGUACUCGUGUGACUUCUCUGAGAAAGCUUCGCCGUCUCCACCCAGCGGACUGGUGGCCAAAGUUCAAGGCAUCAUCCGUCGCAGUAAGAAGCGUGAGGAUGACGAGGGUUCCAGCUCGGUGGUGGGCUUGUUGCCGGCCGGGGGUGUGAUGAGCAGCCAGCCUCAGGGCAGCUCUGAGCUGUCAUGCAGCUGUAAGGCGAGCAGCUCCAGCCUGAUCGGAGGCAGUGGAGCAGGCUGGGAGGGCACUGCCCUCCUCCACCAUGGCAGCUACAUCAAACUGGGCUGCCUCCAGUUUGUCUUCAGCAUCACAGAGUUUGCCAGUAAGCAGCCCAAAGAAGAGCAGACAGCAACGCCUGCCACUAGUUGCACUGGCGUCACCACCAGCAGCAGCAGCAGCAGCAGCAGCAGCAGCAAUGUGGCCAGCACCACUACCAGCACCGCCCCAACCACCACCAUAACCACACCACCACCCCCACCUCCACCACCAUCCAAUACUGCCACAGUGAGCAGCCCCUCCAGCCAGGAUGGGACUGACACUGAGACUGUUCCUCCCCACCAAGUGCCCAUACUGCACGCCAACUCUGUUCCAUAACCCGCACAGGAAGUCCCGCCCUCCCUCCUUUUGUUUUGCACCUUCGGAGUCACAAUGAAGGGAAAGCUGCACAGCUGGUUGGUCAACAGGGAAAAGUUUAUUUUUUCAUUUUUAAUGGUUUAUAUCUUUGCAUGAACUUGAAGUAUUAUUGACAAUCUUUUCUGUUUUUGAAUGACUGACAGUAACCUUCUGUUCACUUCAGACCGUGAGGACUUUGAGCGAACAUUAUUUACCUGCGCUCACUUUUAUUUUUGCCAGUAUAUUGUUUAUGUAUGGUGUAACAUUAAUUUGUCAGUCAGCACAUUUAGCACAAACCUUUUUAUUUUGUAGUAUGAAUUCCAUACAUUCUAAUUUCUUUUGCUGCUUUUGCACCACAGGUAGCUAUAUAUGUAUGAAAACAUACAUGCUUAUACACUAUAUGUAUAUAUAAUGUAAAUAUAUAUAAUUCAGUGCCUCUCAAUUGGAGAAACAUUGGAUUUCAUGUAGAUCUACCAUUUUUUGGUUUUUAACUGUACAGUUCAUGGAAUUUGUGAUACCGUGUAGAGUACCAGAAGUUUUGUGAUAAAACUUGUUCUUAGUCUGUACUUUCCGCUGUAGUCCAUCUGUAAAUACCGUAUUGUUUUAGCACUCAUUUUAACAUCUUGUGCUGCUCUGUAUAUAAGCACUCUUUGUCUGUACCUGCUUGUCUGUUCAAACCUGUAAAUACAGAAAGAUUUUUUAAGAACAA